AUGAUAAACAGAAGGGCUGCUUCUAUAGCAGUUAGUACACCACGCGGAUACUCAUGGACCACCGCUGCGUCUCUAGCACGAGCAGCCGCCGCACACAAAGCCAGCUCGCCCAUAACGGUCGAUCCAUUCACUCUAGUGGGGAAGGAACUGAAAGGUUUAACGACCAACAUAAAAAUGAAUCUCGGCAGCAAUCUCCGUCAGCUAGACACUUUAUCCAAAUAUUACUUUGAAGCACCCGGCAAGCAUCUCCGUCCGACGAUUGUACUGCUAAUGGCGCAAGCAACUGCGAACCUGUCACCACACUACAACACCCCUAAACAUCUUAUAAACGUUCUCGUCAACGAUCCACUAGCCCCGCAAUCCAUCCUACACGACACCAACCCCUCUUUCCACAACGACAUUUCCCAGCGCGGCCAAGAUGGUGUACUUCCUACGCAGAGGCGGCUUGCGGAGAUAGUUGAGAUGAUCCACGUAGCCAGUCUACUGCAUGACGAUGUAGUCGAUGAUGCAGACACUCGCAGAGGCGCUCCAUCUGCACCUGUGCAUUUCGGCAACAAGUUGACUAUAUUUGCAGGUGACUUCCUUCUUGGACGUGCUAGUAUUAUGCUCGCACGCUUGCGCAGUCUCGAAGUGGCCGAGUUGGUCGGAGCGACUAUUGCGAAUCUCGUACAAGGCGAGGUAGAGCAGCUCAACGAGACGUAUCAGUCGAGUUCCAACGACCUAAAUACCGUUGUAGAUGAGGCUUUCCAGAGAUACCUCGCCAAAACUUACCUUAAGACAGCGAGUCUUAUCAGCCACUCAGCAAGAGCUGCCGUGUGUCUGGGCGGUGUGGGUGUGAAUGAGAAUUGGGCACAGGGCGAGUAUCUCAAAGACGCUGCUUACGAUUACGGCAGGAAUCUCGGAAUGGCUUUCCAACUCGUCGACGAUCUUCUCGAUUACACCCCCUCCGCUGACUUAGGCAAGCCUGGUGAAGGUGCAGAUAUGCAGCUCGGAUUGGCCACUGCACCUGCGCUUUUCGCAUGGCGCGAACUCGGCGACGAGAUGGGGACCAUGAUCAAACGGAAAUUCAAACAUCCCGGUGAUGUGCAAAAUGCUAAAGCGCUAGUUGCAAAAUCAAACGGGAUGCCAAAAACAGCUGAAUUGGCUGCUAGUUAUAUAGAUAAGGCUAAAAGUGCGCUGCAUAGGCUACCCAAAUCAGACGCCAGGGACGGAUUAGAAGCGCUUUGUUUGAAAGUAUUGGAUAGAGUCAAAUGA